AUGGCCCCAUACGGAAAGGCGGAGGAGCUCUUCGCAACCGAGGAGCCGCUGUCGGUCCUGCAAAGUAUCGCGGAUAUACACCUGUUCCCACUUCUUGUGGAAACGGCGCUACUUGCGGUAUUCUCAGUCCAGACCAUCUACUUCGUGUAUCACCGAUGCUCCAGAGACGAUAAGGCACUUCAGUCCGGGACAACCCACGCACACCAUCACUACCGAGGACCGCACAUCAACGUUAUGCUAUGCAUACACAUAUGCAUAUACAUCUUCGCCGUGGCAUAUUGGGCUUUAGACGUCGCCAUCCUCCAACAAGAGCUACUCGUCUUCUUCCCUAAACUGCUCUCUGGACCGCCCAACAUCGACGCGUUCCAGACUCUCACGAACAUGCUGGGCGUACAGUGGUACGCGCAAGCCGUGUUGCAAGGCUUCAUCUGGAUUGCGAGCGAUGGCGUAGCGUUGUGGCGCGCGUAUGCUGUUCAUGGACGGCCCCGGUGGCUCGGUAUCAUCAUAUGUCUACUCGCUCUGACCGAGCUUGGCGUCUACACGCAAUACCUCGUUUUCUACCUCCACAUAUUACCCAGUCCUCCGCAUAGCAUCGCCCGUGAACACGAAACGGGAGAUACAGUCGUCGCGCCCUACCUCGCAGCAGCAUCGUUCACAAUCGCCGUACAGAUCUUCGCGACAAGCGUCAUCGCGUGCAAAGCCUGGAUGGUAUGGAAGAGUCGCAAGGACUUGUUCAAUGGACCCGGCAGAGUGUUUCGCACCUUGGCGCUCUUGAUUGAGAGUGGCGUAACGUACACCCUCUUCUGGGUAUGGUAUAUCCUUGCCCGCAACGACUCGAUUGUCAGCUGGAAGAUGGCUACGUGGACCGAGUACUACUCGAUACCGCUCAUGGCCAUGUAUCCAACCCUUGUCGUGAUGGUCGUUACGAUGCAGAACUCAGCUUUGACAGCAGACGACAACCUGCCGAAUACGCAUCCUCGUCCCUCCAGCAUCAUGAUCGACGAAAAGCUCGAUUAG